GUGAGGAUGAAGAAGCACAACAGCAUCAGGACCUUCUGUCUCAUCCUCUCCAUCAUCCUCUACCUGCUCAUCGGUGCCGCGGUGUUUGAUGCACUGGAGUCAGAGAGUGAGAGUUCAAGGAAAAAAGUGCUGGAGCAGAAGCUGAAUGAGCUGAAGAGGAAGCACGGCUUCACUGAGGAAGAUUACCGGCGCAUGGAGAGAGUGGUGCUGCUGUCAGAGUCGCACAGAGCCGGCAGUCAGUGGAAGUUCAGCGGCUCUUUUUACUUCGCCAUCACUGUUAUCACCACCAUAGGCUAUGGCCACGUCGCUCCUCGGACUGAUGCUGGAAAAGCUUUCUGCAUGUUUUACGCCGUGCUGGGCAUUCCUCUGACCCUGGUCAUGUUCCAGAGCCUGGGAGAGAGGAUCAACACUUUUGUCCGCUACCUCCUGAGAAGAGCCAAGCAGGGACUGGGGCUCCUGAAGGUGGAGGUGUCCACCUGGAACAUGGUCCUGGUGGGGCUGUUGUCUUGCAUGAGUACUCUCUGUGUUGGAGCUGCAGCAUUCUCUCAUUUUGAGGACUGGACCUUCUUCACCGCCUACUACUACUGUUUCACCACACUCACCACUAUCGGCUUUGGGGACUUUGUGGCCCUGCAGAGGACAGACGCUCUGCAGAGGCAGCCACCGUACGUGGCCUUCAGCUUCAUGUACAUCUUGGUUGGGCUGACAGUGAUCGGUGCUUUUCUUAACCUGGUGGUCCUGAGGUUCCUCACUGUCAGCUCAGAUGAGCUCGUGGUACGGCCGGAGCCAAACGAGGACCUGGAGGUGUCGGACACCGACGCAGAAACUGCUGCAGUGGGAGAUGAAGACAGAAGAGAUGGACACAGCAGCCGGUCUUACCUGAGCUUGCCGAUGGAGGCGGGCACCAGCUGUACCAACCUCCUCCCUGCUCCUGCAGAGGAGCACAGACAUGUUUCAUCUCCACUCAGAGACUCCGUGCUUCCUGACACCAGCAGAUUCACACCUUGGUUCGCCUGCAUCUGCUGUGACGUGGACGUUCAGGACAGCCCUCAUUCGUCUCACUGGGACCAGGACUUUGGACACAGCAACCCGGUCUUUUACAACUCCGUCUCCUACAGGGUUGAACAGACGUCGUGCAGCUCACAGCAGGCUUCACCCAGCUGCAGAGGACUGUGCCUGGUCCAGAACUAUCCUCACACCAGGAGGAGAUCAGUCUAACACUGUCACCUCAGUCAAAAACAUAUAUAUGUAUA